AUGGCCUUCUCCAAGCCCCCCGCUCUCCUGCUGCUGGUUGCUCUGUCCGCCACCGCCAUGCUCGCCGCCGGCCAAGGCUGCGGCGGCCACAGGGUGACGGUGCAGAACCUAUGCGGGCAGGACCUGAAGCUGAGCCUGGAGGAGGGCCGCGCACAGCGCGACCUCCUCUUCCCCGACGGGUGGGUGCUCCCGGACGGGAAGCACGAGUCAUUCGACGUGUGCGCGUGGACAGGGGGCGUGCUUGUGUCCGGCGCUGCGGUGGCCAAGGUCCACCUGGGCCACGACGGCGGCGCGUACUACGAGGUGAGCACCCAGCAGUCGGGCCCCAUCCUUGUCUCCGUCACCCCGCACGGCAGCCCGCUGCGGGGGCACUGCCCCACGGCCGGGUGCAACGGCGGCGGCCACUGCUUCGAGCACUCCGUUCCCGACGGCGACUGCCACGGCGUCACCGAGGUGAAGAUCGUCUACUACAAACCGUAG